UGUUAGCCCCCGUUAGCCUGUGUUAGCACCCGUUAGCCUGGGUUAGCCCCCGUUAGCCUGUGUUAGCCCCCGUUAGCCUGUGUUAGCCCCCGUUAGCCUGUGUUAGCUCAUAUUAGCCCCCGUUAGCUCAUGUUAGCCCCCGUUAGCUCAUGUUAGCUCCGAGGCUAACUAUGCCGCAGAUAGCCGGGGACGACCUGGGAGCGAACGACGAGCUGAUCUCGUUUAAAGAUGAAGGCGAGCAGGAGGACAAGAGGAACGUGUCGUCUGCUCGAGACCUGGACGACGUCAAGUCCUCUCUGGUCAACGAGUCCGAGUCCAGCUCCGACUCAGAGGCAGACAGACGGUCCAGGACCAAUCCAGAUCUGGAGAGCAGAAUCAGACACAGUCGUCUGAUUCAGGAAGCCCUGAGGAGGCAGCAGGACGGAGGUCUCUUCCAGCCCUCUACCUAUGUUGGAUAUCCCUUCUUCAUGAUCCCAGACCUGGGAAACCUCUGCAGUCCCUACCUCGCCAACGGAGCUCUCCCACCAAGCGGCAGGACGUAUCUGCCCUUUCAGUGGCCUCUGCUGGACGUCCCCGGAAGAACUUCUGUCAGAGACACUGCUACGCCGACUCACCUGUCUAACAACGUGCCGGUGGUGCAGCACCCUCACAUGACCCACCUCCACCCUCUGCUGUCAUACAGCCCAGAGGCCUUCUCCCCUCAGAGGGCCUCACCUGGCUUCUCCCCCGACCCAGGUAUGUCGAGGACCGCCUGCUACCCGGUGUCUCCUGGAGGCGUGGCUCAGAUCCCUCACCCUCUGGGAUGGCUACAGGGACAGACCAUGUAUCCUCUGGCAGGAGGCUUCUCCCCAGCUGCUCUGGCUAUGAACGCCUCCAUGUCCAGCCUGGUGUCGGGUAACUUCUCUCCACGUCUGGUGUCGACCCCCCAGUCCUCCGUCCCCCACCCCCCCUUCCUCCCCUCGGGGGUGAAGCAGGAGCCUGGAGGCAGCAGCCAGCCGGGACGCUCGAUGCCGGACGUCCAGCAGAACAGAGAGGAGGAGAAGAAGCCUCACAUCAAGAAGCCUCUGAACGCCUUCAUGCUGUACAUGAGGGAGGAGCGGCCCAAAGUGGUGGCUCAGUGCAAAGUGAAGGAGAGCGCCACCAUCAACCAGAUCCUGGGUCAGAGGUGGCAUUCUCUGUCCAAAGAGGAACAAGCCAAAUAUUACGAACUGGCUCGUAAGGAGAGACUCCUCCACUCCAAACUUUACCCCGGCUGGUCAGCCAGAGAUAACUACGGUAAAAAGAAGAAGAGGAAGAGGGCGAAGAGUGAGACUCAGUUUGAAGAUGAAGAAGAUUUCCCCCCCCAGCUGAAGAGACCUCGAGAGGAGACGCCUCACACACUCACUCUGCUCACACAGACCGCACACACACACCCCCGCUCCCACCUGACACAGCCGCACACCAUCUCCCACAUGAGGCACACACACCUGUCCCAGGCUAGCCCCGCCUCUUCGCUGGACUCCCCGGCGACACCCACCACGGCUCUGGCCUCGCCCGCCGCUCCAGCCCCGACGCACACCGAGCACACACACUCGUCCUACGGCGGACAAGCGUCACCGUACGGCGAGCAGCUGCAGCCGCUGUCCCUCACCACCAAACCUCACCGGACCGCACACCCUCUGAGUCGCAGCACCGUCACAUCGGGACCCUCCACCCCCACUUCCUCCUGUGACACCCCCAUCUCCUCACCCCACAUGGCUCCUUCCAGGUGUUCACCCCCUCCUCCCCCCUUCCUCAUCCCGCCUCCUACCUCUGCUCACCAAUCAGCCUUAACUCAGUCACAGCCGUUCUCACUCAGAAGAACCAAUCAGCUGUGAGCCGCUGGUUUCACUUUGUGAAUCAUCAAAUAAAAAUCUAAUUUUUUUUUA